GUGUUUAGUCAGUAGAUGGAUCAUCUCGUAGCUGGAACCGGAGCAGUGAUGGAGACUGGGAUUAGUAGUCUAGCCUUUGUUUGACAGCCGGACAUUCCGACUGGAUUAAACCGUCUCACGAGUGUGUCUGUUCAGGAAGAAAACUCUUUGUGGGCUCAAAUGUAAGCCAGGAAUAAUGAGUUUCAUCAUAUCACGAGCUAAUGUGUUACAGCAAAACGGAUUACUCCUAAUUUAGAUUUUAAAAUGGAACACUAACGGGAGAAGGAAGCCUGAACCCAAACUUUAGUUUUGUAAUGCAGAUUAUCUCACAUUUGAGAAGCAACUUGUGCUUUUGUCCAGAGAAGUUGGACAUUCGUUGUUCCAUGAUAGGCUGAUUUUUGACAGAUACUUUGGCUUUCAUGUGUAGGGAAAUCACAAAUGGGCUGCGUUCCAUUUCUGCAGCUUUCCAUGCUGGUUGUUCUGUAGAACUGAGAACAAUCAGAACUUCUAAAUGGAAUUACAUAUCAGGUAAUAACAGGUAAUUGACCAAAUCUGAAUCUCAAAAAUCAGUUUUAUGUCUCUCUUUUGGGUCCAUAAACGCACCGUUGCAAGGCAAGUUCAAUUCUUCCAAGUUCGUAAGCUAACAUACCAUACCAUAUCAUACCACCUUUAUUUAUAUAGCACUUUAAAAACACAGCCAUACGGCCGACCAAAGUGCUGAACAGUCGCACAAUAACAGAGAUAAAAACAUAAAACAGAGCAAUAAAAUACAGUCAACAAAUAAGAAACAAGCCAAUAAAAAAGGUUCAGAUAAAAACCUUACAAUGGAUGAUAAAAUAAGAGUAGUACAAACCAAACUAACAGCUAACUGUUAAAAGCAAGGGUAAAAUAGUGUGUCUUUAGACUUAAAAACUGCCAAGGAGGAUGCCAGUCGAACUGCGGCUGGAAGUUUGUUCCACAUUGUAGGACCGGCAACAGAGAAAGCUCUUUGUCCGCAUGAUUUAUAACACGCUUUUGGUACCUCAAGGAGCAACAGGCUGGAGGACCUGAGUGUGCGACCGGGAGUAUAUAUCACAAGAAGAUCAGAUAGGUACAUGGGGGCAAGUCCACGGAGGGAUUUGAAGACAAAAAGCAAUAUUUUAUAUUGGACCCUGAAAGUGAUGGGCAGCCAAUGAAGGGAUUUUAGAACUGGAGUUAUGUGCUGGCGCAUGUCAGUACGUGUGAGGAAACUAGCCGCUGCGUUUUGGACGAGUUGAAGUCUGGCAAGGGUUGACUUAUUGACACCCAGCAAUAUUGUGUUCGAAUAGUCGAGCCUAGAUGUGAUAAAAGCACGAACAACUGAUUCCAAACAACAUUUCCAAACACUAAUUCCUGCUAGCAAGAACAGAUAUCUCAUGUUGGCACGUCUCGGCUAGUGGAAGCUAACCAAUUAGCAUUAGCAACUCCACAACAUGGCAACCCCUUCGGUCUUGUAUUAUUUGUCUAGAUAAAACAUUAACAUUGAAGAGCAAAGGAAGUCAGUGGUUGAAUCAGAAUCAGAAUCAGAAAAACUUUAUUUAUCCCCGAGGGGCAAAAAAAAAAUAACAGCAGAGCAGCAUGAUGUUGGACAUACAAACAUUGAAUAAAUAGGCAAUAAGGAAGUAAUAAAGCAGCAAGAAGAUGGAUAAAAACAGUAAAAUAUGCACACAAAAAAACACAGUAAGUGAAUAAAGUGACUAAUGUGUCGUCUGUAUAAAAUUUAAAUAUAUGGAGAGCCCAAGGAGAGGGUUCAUCGGGGGAUGGUCUUAUCUUAUCUGCUGGAGUUAAAGAGCAGAAUGGCUUUGGGGACAAAGGUGGUCUUUUGUUGAGUCGUGUUGCUGUUAGCCAAUCAGAGACGAGAUGUCCGAAUAUCAGGAAAUAAAAUUCCAAAUCCUGCUGUGUUUUGCUUCCCUCUCAUCUGGUCCCUGAAACAGGAGCUCCAGAGCUUUUUUCCCACUUACAAUGGAUUCAUUUAUACUCGAGACCCUCUAACGUGUUGAAAGAAACAAGUGAACUUGGUCUUAAAUAUGAAUUAUUAUUAAACAAACAGCUAACUAUAGCGACCAAUCAGUGUCGACAGGUCAACGCUGAACACAAAUCUGAAAUCGCCAUCGCUCCUCAGUCCUCUGAAUCGCUCCGUUUCUAGUUUAAAAUUACUGUUUGACCCGUCACAUCUCUGUAGGACUUGUAUCUGCAGCCUUUAUUUCUUUCCCCUUCUGUCAGUCAUGCUGUAUCCAUGGCAACCUUUAAGGUGUCACCUGUCCAGUCCCUGGAGCCCCUAACAAGAUCACAAAUCAUUCUUUGCACUUCCUCCACAGCUGAUUAAAAAAGAGUUGCCUUAAAACCAACUGGAGGGAAUCACAGGUGCUCAGGAGGGAGGGCUUGGCUGCAGUGACAGAUGGUGAUUUUUCAGCAUUUUACAGUGCAGUGGUGUCCUGACAGCACUGAGAAACAAUGGAGGCAAAGCUGUCAAAGAUGGUUUGCCACGAUAACAGAUGGUUUGCAGCAGAAAAAACAGAGUGAGCGAGCGAGGACACAUUUUUUCCAGGGUCUCGGCCGCAGGUUCUCUCAGACGCUCGGCCUUCGUCGACGUGGAGGAAGUCGACCAAGAGUGGGAGCUCCAUCUGUCUCCCUGCUCUUUUCAUCUCCCCCGCCUACCCCACAGUGGAACGCCUGUGUUUGUUUGUGUUUGUGUCAGCGGGAUGCUAAAAUGGUACUCUGACGAGGACAGUCCAGUUCCCAGGUGACCGGGGCCCCUUGGGCAUCCAUGUGAUCCCCUAUGUCUCCUCUCUCAGUGGACGAACUCUGGGCCUCAACAUAAAAGGCAUUGAGGAAAACAGUCGUACCAUGAAGGAGAAUCUCUUCAAAGUGGAUGAAAGUAUCGUUCAAAUCAACGACGUGCCGCUCCAGGACAAAACCUUUGCACAGUCUCAGGAGGUGUUCCGCCAAGCCAUGUCAUCAUCUUCAGUUCGUCUGGAGGUCCUCCCCGCAGCCAACAAGCCGCGCUAUGAGAAGAGUCUGAUUGGUCAGCUUUUUACUGGCGACGGCAAAGACUCCCCUUCUGCAACUAUGAGUCCGAUGAUGACCCGCUCUCGAGCCAACGCCCUGCCUGAACUCAAACAGAACCCCAAAGUUGAAAUUAAGCAACCAGAAAUGCCUUCCAAGACUCAAGAGCCAGUUGUGCUGCACACACGGUCACUGCAAGCCCAACCUGAGCUCAGGUCCUUGGAGAGCGCUUCUCCUACACCUCCAGCCGCGGUGACGAGCUCAUCCCCAACACCCAGAAUGACCAACCAAAGCCCUGUAUCCAGUAAGAACCCCGGUUUACCUGCACUAUCAAACGUGACAAACACAAAGGGUGGAAAGAGGAUGAAAAUUGACCUGAAGAAAGGCCUCGAGGGUUUGGGCUUCACUGUGGUCACCAGGGACUCCACGGUCCACGGGCCAGGCCCGAUUUUAGUUAAGAGCAUCUUGCCACGUGGUGCAGCAAUCAAAGAUGGACGGCUGCAACCUGGAGACCGAAUCCUGGAGGUGAACGGUGUAGACAUGACGGGCCGCAGCCAGGAGGAGCUCGUCGCCAUGCUGCGCAGCACCAAACAGGGAGAGAGUGUGUCCGUGGUGGUGGCCCGGCAGGAGGAUAUGUUCCUUCCGCGUGAGCUGAAGGGCCAAGAGGUGAGCGGUCAGGUGACUGAGGACGGAAAGGAGCAGCUGAUGUACGAGAUCCCGCUGAAUGAGACAGGCUCGGCCGGCCUGGGGCUCAGCCUGAAAGGGAAUAAGUCCAAAGAGACCGGAGAGGAUUUGGGAAUCUUCAUCAAGUCCAUCAUCCACGGAGGGGCAGCUUAUAAGGAUGGUCGGUUGUGUGUAAAUGAUCAAAUGAUAGCGGUAAACGGCGAGUCGCUGCUCGGACACUCCAAUCACUCGGCAAUGGAGACGCUGAGAAGGUCCAUGUCCUCUGAAGGAAACGCCAGAGGAACUAUUCAGCUUGUGGUCCUCCGCGGGUCCCAACAGACCAGCAGUGGUAACUCUGCUCUGAACACAGCCACAAACAUCUCCUCCAGUCAACCCAACGUUGACCAAGCAGGCUCCAACUAUCAGGAGCCCCGGGGCCCAGAUGCACAUCAGAGACCAUCCGGACCCACCAGAACUCCUAACCCAGAGUCCACUGUGAGCGGCACGAGUCACGCUCUGAAACCGACAAACAGUUACUCCGGAAGUGCUCCUGCAGCUUUCACCAACGGCAGCUACGGUAACUACAGCAACGACGACGAGCACGGCUUCCCCCUGCCACCCUCUCCCGACUCUAUGGAGGAAAUGAACAGAGACUUGCCCCUUACACCCCCGCAGCACAGUGAGCCUCCCAACAUGCCUGCAGCCGUCUACCCAAACCGCCGGUUUAUCAGCGAUGAGGACGACGUGCCUCGCAACAGAACGUCCAAAUGCAUGGACAUGGUGGCCGAUGAGAGCAACCUUGGAUCGUGGAAUAAAGGUCGCUCGUCUGGAGGAGCUCUGGGUCCAACUCUUGGCCUUGUCAAGUCCAGCUCCUUGGAGAGCCUCCAGACCGCGAUGUCCGAAGCCAACCAUAACCGCGUCCAAGCUCAGGUUCCCAUCCAUCGGCCACGUCCGCAUAUGGUCCGAGGACGAGGAUGCAACCAGAGUUUCCGCAUCGCCAUUGACAAAUCCUACGAAGGGCCUUCUGAAGAUGAUGACGACUUGUCCGAGUACAGCUCCGGCAACGAAACACCAGCCAGCACCUCCUCUCGUCAGGACCUGGACGAAGAUGAUGGGAAGAAAAAGAAGAAGACCAAGGGGAAGAAGAAGGAGAAGAAGAUAAAGGGGAAGAAAAAAACUGAGGAUUCAGGGGAUGAUCUGGAGAAGAAAACCAAGAAGAAAGGAUUUGGUCUCUUAAGGUUCGGUAAGAAGAAGGACGACAAGAACAAAGGAUCCAAAACCAAACUGAAUUCUCUGAGUGAGGAAGAGCUAGACCGAGUUCCUGACAACAGAGAUGGCUAUGACCCCCGCGUCGCUGAGGCCCUCUCUGGCUACACAACACCUGACCAGAGGUCUCUUCCUGAUAUGGACGACGACGACAGUGACCCGCACUAUGCCCGCAUCAACAAGUUCCGGCAGCAACUAUCACCGCACUCCCCCAGUCGCACGCCCUCCCCAGCAAUACCAGCUGGGGGGCAGAGCCAACUCCAGAUGACCCCUGAGGACGUCGAAGGACUUUACGCCAAAGUGAACAAGUUUAGAGCACCGCCGGCUUCUCAGAACCAGGCACAGCCAGACAGAGAUCAGCACGCCCAGGGGUUGCAGAAGGAGCACCAGCAGGCUCGAGCCGCUCCAGGUUACGAGGAGCUGGACACAGCGAGACGCCGAUUCCUGGAGUAUGACCCGCAACGGACGGCGCCCAGAGGAGCCGAGUCCCGACCAAGACACCGGUAUGAGGAGAUAGAUCUGGAUUACGCCGCACAACCCAGGAGGGACCUGUACGAUUACCCCACACACAGGGGCCCUGUUCCCAGAGAUCAGGUGCCGCCCUACCCCGGUCAGUACCAGGACCCUCCCGUCUCUAGUAACGCAGGUCGUUCAACGCUUCCUCAGUCCCAGCAGCCACCGUCCAACGCAUGCUACCAUCCCUCAGCUCAGCAGCACCGUGCAGCACUAAGGCAGGACGUGCCCCCGUCCCCUACCACAGGUACCAGAGGACGGCCGUAUAACGACGCAGAUAAAGAGAGACACUACCGCCAGGCGAGCCCAGGACGCUACAUCGACUCAGACAGGUACCCCAAGGAGAGCCCUGGCGGCUACCAAUACGGAGACAAAAGAGGGGCCGAACCAAGACGGAAGAACGUCUUGAUAGACGCCGUGUGAAAUCCUAAAUCCUUAGAUGAAACGGCGUCCUGAUUAGAAAUGUUUAAAAGGUGCUUGUUUUUAGAGAGGAACAUAAAAAGUUUGCAUAUUAAUAUAUUUGUUGGAGAUGGUUGUCCAUAUGCAGAAUUGCCAAUGUUUAUAACUGGUUUUAUAAGUAGAGAUGAAUAAAAUAUGAUCAAAUAAAAAGUUUAGGAUAUUUAGAGGGAACGUGGUGCCGGGUGGGUUUUGGGUCAAACAGGAGGAAAUAAAGAGGAAUCAGCGUGGCCAAAAGGAAUAUCACACAAGAGAAACAGGAUGUCCACCAACAGGAAGAGGAAGUCCCUCCCCUCCUCUUGUUUUGUAGUCCUUGAUGUUUUUGUCUCCUGAACUUCCUGUACAUCGCGCCGGUUCUGUUUGGUCUCCUUACCUUUGAUUAAGCGGACGUGGCUAAUCCACUGCUUGUGUUUUUGUUAACGUGAGUGAUUGCUUUGCUGCUGAGUUCAUCAGCGAUGUGUUUGUGGUUCUGAUGAAGUAACUGUUGACUGCCACGGUAAGUUAUGUCACCGCUCUCUGUCUCUUUGCACUGAAUAAAGAAAUAAAUGUUCAACCCUUUAAAAUAUCAAAUGUAUGACUUUGGUUGGAUAAGAUGUCAAAUAAAUGUGAUUUUUCUACCACUUUGCAAUAAAUAUAUUGAGAUUCUC